ACCAUCACUGCAAUGUUGGCCAAUAGAAAGCUAAAGUCACCCAAAAACUGCCUAGUCCCUCCUUCCCUUCCCUUAUGGUCUGGUCCUACCUGCCUCCACCGCACAAGUCAAGGCUACUCGCUGGAAUGCUAUGUGCCCCCUCCGUGAGCCCACGCUCCACCACUGCUCCAGGUUGGCUGCUCCUCACCUACUUUUCCAUGACCCUGGGCUCCGGCCGCUGUCCCGCUCUCCUCCGCAAUGUUUCCUAGCCCUGUGACAACGACACCCUUCUCGGUCAAGGAUAUUUUAAACCUGGAACAGCAUCAGAGCGGCCUGGCCUCCAUGGAGCUCUCCUCGCUGUCCUCCCCCUCCUGCAUGCUGGCCACCUUCAAGCAGGAGGCGUACAGCGCCGAGCCCCCGGCCCUGCCCGACCUGCGGGAGGAGCUGCCCGAGGCGCACCCGGCCAAAACCGCCGCCGCCUUCCCCGGCUCCUACUACGUUAAAAGCUACGUGGAAAUGGACUCGGCCAAGGACGCCAAGGCGGACAAGAAAGAACUGUGUUCCCUGCACAAAAGCCUGGAGCAGGAGAAGAGAGACCUGGAAGAUCCCGAGCGCCCCAGACAGAGGAAAAGGAGGAAACCUCGCGUCCUCUUUUCUCAAGCCCAAGUCUACGAACUGGAGAGAAGGUUCAAGCAGCAGAAAUACCUCUCGGCUCCCGAGAGAGACCAUCUAGCGAACGUCCUAAAGCUCACAUCCACCCAGGUGAAAAUUUGGUUCCAGAAUCGAAGGUAUAAAUGCAAAAGGCAGAGACAGGAUCAGACCCUCGAAAUGGUGGGCAUCCCUCCCCCGCGGAGGAUAGCGGUGCCGGUACUGGUGCGCGAUGGGAAGCCCUGCCUGGGGGAGUCUUCUCCCUACAGUUCGCCGUACAAUGUCAGCAUUAACCCCUAUAGCUACAACGCCUACCCCGCGUACACUAACUACAACAGCCCCGCCUGCAACGCCAACUACAACUGCAACUACCCGUCCGUGCAGACCAUGCAGCCCUCGGCAGCCGGCAACAACUUCAUGAACUUCAGCGUAGGGGACUUGAAUUCAGUGCAGACGGCCAUCCCGCAGGGGAACGCGGGGAUCUCCACGUUGCACGGGAUCCGAGCUUGGUAGAGCCGCCCCCGCACCCAACCUGCUCCCCUCCGUGGACCACGGCUGCCGGCAAGACCCCGGGGCCGGGGAUGGAGGGGCUUCGGCCGCGCCUGCGAGCCGGUCUCGGGACAUUUCCAGGCUGCGGGGAGGAUGAGGACAGUUCAAUGUAGCAUCCCGGCGGAGUUCACUAGCAUGGCGGCCAUUUCCAGCAGGUCUGAGGUCUUCAGUAUUCCGCGCGAUGGCCGCGCUCCUGCGGGACCAGGCGGGCACCGCGCAGGGAGGCUCGGCACUGCCCGCACCUCCCGACCCGUCCGCCCGGCCCCGGCCCCUCUGGCUCCCCUUUCCACCGGGGUCUUCGCCCCGGUAAUUCCCCUCCUUCCUUCCUACAAAGCAGCCGGUCAUUCAGCUUGACUUGUUCCCAACAACAGCGAGCCAAGCUGUGCAACUCUUUUUUUUUUUUUUCUUUCCCUAAUUUUUACUCUGUACUAAUUAUUGAGAUCCACAUUUAAUUUUUGCACUUCCCGUACGGUCACCCACUGUCCGGCCAGUUAAGCAUCCCGCCAGCCCCCAGGUCUCCCCUUGCGAGGCUGCUAACGCCAACCCCGGCUGCGCUCCGCAGGCGCCCAGUGCCGGGCCGGGAGCGGGGCCGACGGCGGCUCUCGCCAGCGCACGAACGAGGACAGACCCCUCCCACCCCACCCCGGCCGAGGAAUACAGACACUCCGACCUGCCAGGUCCCCGUAGGGUUAUGCACUAAAACGUGAGUUAGUAAUGAAAUGCACUGUCCGCCCCUCGCCCCGCCGCCCGUUCGUACGUGUUUCCCUUUGCUGUACAAGCUGAUGGAGAUCAGCGAGUUGUCAUUAAAGAGAGUGGCUUAA